GGCCGUCGCGAGCAGCCGGGCCGAGGGGAAGCCGGCGCAGCCUGGCGAGGCCGCCGCCCGGGCCGGCGUCCGAGGAGCUGUUGUUGCUGCUGCCCAUCGCGGCGGCUCGGGCUUUUUCCGCUGCUGCUGCUGCUGCUGCCAUGCGGCGAGGCUAGAGCGGAGCUCGUUUCCUCGGGGUGGAAUAAUGCAAACGGAGACCAGUCUGUCUAUAUGGGGAUGGGGAAUCCUUGGCAUUGGCCUCUCUUUGAUAACCUUUGGACCCUUUGUGAUACUUUAUUUGGCAUUUUAUAUCCUCUGCUUUGUGGGUGGGGGUUUUGUGGUUACUCUUCUGUUUGGAAAAACCAACUCAGAGAAAUUCCUAGAGCAGUGUGACCACUUAUCUCUUCCUUCAAUGCCAACUGGGAUUCCUAAGUGCUUAGAAGAAAUGAAACGGGAAGCCAGGACCAUAAAGAUUGAUAGAAGAUUGACGGGUGCCAAUAUCAUCGAUGAACCACUUCAACAGGUUAUCCAGUUUUCUUUGAGGGAUUAUGUCCAGUAUUGGUAUUAUACACUAAGUGAUGAUGAGUCCUUUCUUCUUGAAAUUAGGCAGACUCUUCAGAAUGCACUCAUUCAGUUUGCUACUAGGUCAAAAGAGAUCGACUGGCAGCCUUAUUUUACUAUGCGGAUUGUAGAUGAUUUUGGCACUCACCUUCGCGUAUUCAGAAAGACGCAACAGAAAUUAACUGAGAAAGAUAAUCAAGUAACAGGCACAGCGGAGGAACUUAUAGAUACCUUCUUUGAAGUUGAAGCUGAAAUGGAGAAGGAUGUUUGCCGGGACCUAGUGUGCACUUCUUCCAAAGAUGAAGAAGGAUUUCUAAGAGAUUUGUGUGAGGUGUUAUUGUAUUUAUUGCUACCUCCUGGAGAUUUCCAGAACAAGAUCAUGCGAUAUUUUGUCAGGGAAAUUAUUGCACGAAGCAUUCUUCUCCCUUUAAUAAACCAACUCAGUGAUCCUGAUUAUAUUAAUCAGUAUAUCAUAUGGAUGAUCCGAGAUUCUAAUUGCAACUAUGAGGCCUUUAUGAACAUUAUUAAAUUGAGUGACAAUAUUGGAGAGCUGGAAGCAGUCAGAGAUCUGGCAGCAGAAGAAUUACAGUAUCUCCGAUCUCUAGAUACAGCUGAUGAUGAUAUCAACAAUAUCAAAAAUCAAAUAAAUAGCUUAUUGUUUGUAAAGAAAGUAUGUGACACAAGAAUUCAGCGGUUACAGUCAGGCAAAGAAAUAAAUACUGUGAAACUGGCAGCAAACUUUGGGAAACUUUGCACAGUCCCCCUGGAUAGCAUUCUUGUAGACAAUGUUGCACUACAAUUUUUUAUGGAUUUCAUGCAACAAACUGGAGGUCAGGCACAUCUCUUUUUCUGGAUGACAGUGGAAGGAUACAGGGUUACAGCCCAGCAGCAGCUUGAGGUUUUAUUAAGUCGCCAGAAAGAUGGGAAACAUCAGACCAAUCAAACCAAAGGCCUUUUAAGGGCAGCUGCUGUUGGAAUUUAUGAACAGUAUUUAUCAGAAAAGGCAUCUCCAAGAGUUACUGUAGAUGAUUAUUUGGUAGCAAGAUUAGCAGAUACUUUGAAUCAUGAAGAUCCUACCCCUGAAAUCUUUGAUGACAUUCAAAGGAAGGUAUAUGAACUGAUGCUACAAGAUGAGAGAUUUUACCCUUCCUUCAGACAAAAUGCACUUUACGUGCGUAUGUUAGCUGAGCUGGAUAUGUUAAAAGAUCCCAGCUUCAGAGGGUCGGAUGAUGGUGAUGGAGAGUCAUUUAAUGGUUCUCCUACAAGAAGCAUAAAUUUGUCUUUAGAUGACCUUUCAAACAUACCUUCUGAUGACUCAGUUCAACUUCAUGCUUACAUUUCUGAUACUGUAUAUGCUGACUAUGACCCAUAUGCUGUGGCAGGCGUUUGUAAUGAUCAUGGCAAGACAUACGCACUCUAUGCCAUCACUGUUCAUCGACGCAGUUUAAACACUGAGGAGAUGUGGAAAACUUACCGCCGUUAUAGUGACUUCCAUGACUUCCACAUGCGAAUCACGGAACAGUUUGAAAAUCUGUCAAGCAUAUUGAAGCUUCCUGGUAAGAAGACUUUUAAUAAUAUGGAUAGAGAUUUUUUAGAAAAGAGAAAGAAGGAUCUAAAUUCAUAUUUGCAGUUACUCUUAACUCCUGAAAUGAUGAAGGCAUCCCCUGCUUUGGCGCAUUAUGUAUUCGAUUUCCUGGAGAACAAAGCUUACAGUAAAGGGAAAGGGGAUUUUGCUCGUAAGAUGGACACCUUUGUAAAUCCACUUCGCAAUUCUAUGCGGAAUGUUUCAAAUGCAGUCAAAUCCCUUCCUGAUAGCUUGGCAGAAGGAAUGACUAAAAUGUCAGACAACAUGGGCAAAAUGUCAGAAAGAUUAGGUCAAGAUAUUAAACAAUCAUUUUUUAAGGUGCCUCCUUUAAUUCCGAAGACUGAUGCAGAUCCUGAACAAUUUCGAGUCUCAGCUCAACUUGAUGAUUCUGUGGAUGAUAAUAUUCCACUUAGGAUAAUGCUGCUCCUCAUGGAUGAAGUGUUCGACUUAAAAGAGAGGAAUCAGUGGUUACGCAGGAAUAUAAAAAAUCUGCUUCAGCAGCUUAUUAGAGCUACAUACGGUGAUACUAUUAAUAGAAAAAUUGUUGACCAUGUUGACUGGAUGACAUCGCCAGAGCAAGUAGCUGACUUAGUGAAACAUUUCAGAGAUGCCUUUUGGCCGAAUGGCAUUUUAGCAGAGACUGUGCCAUGCAGAGAUAAAGCUAUUCGAAUGAGAACAAGAAUUGCAGGAAAAACAAAGUUACUUUCAAUUAUGCCAGAUGAACUGAAGCACAUUAUUGGGGCUGAGACCACAAGGAAAGGUAUUCUUCGUGUUUUUGAAAUGUUUCAGCACAACCAGUUAAAUAGGAGAAUGGUGUAUGUCUUCUUGGAAGGCUUUUUGGAAACUUUGUUUCCACAGUAUAAAUUCCGCGAACUUUUCAACAAACUGCAUUCACGGUCAAAACAUAUGCAGAAAUAUAAAGAGAAACUUCAAACUCAAGCACCUUCACAGAAAAGGUGACCCCUCUCUCAGUGAAGCUGGUGUUCAUUUUCCAAGAUGAAUCUUGGAUGGAUCUUCUGGGGCUUAACUCAUACUGUUGUGUCUGCACCAGUCUCUAGUGUCUCCAAGUAGAUAAUUAAUACAUCCAUCAGACUGUGGUUCUUCUCAUCCUUGUCUACAAUUCAGCCACCACCAGAGAGCUGUCAGAGUCUUAAUGAUUUGGUGCAUAUGUUUGCAUCUUUGAGAGGAUCCUGCCCCGUCUCAAGCAAGAAUGACAUCAGUCUCUUCAAACGAAUCGCUUGCUCCAGUGACGACAAAGUGCCAGAGUGUAUGUGAAAGCUAAGGAAAGCACAAAACAAUGGUUCGCAGAUAAAUUGGUUAAUUUAUUUAACAGUGGGAUACUGUGCAAUAUAUCAUUUGGAGGGUAUGGUUUUGAAUAAUGAUUUUUAGGUUUUUGUCACAUAUUUCUUACGGUGUAGAUUAGCCAGGUCAGUCUUUGAAACAUCUGUUUCAAGUCUGAGGAUCAUGACAGAAUGUCCUGAAAGUAUAAAGUACUAACCUUCAUAUCUGAAUUAUCGUUUUGUGACUAAAGAUAUUAUAAAAAUAAAGCCAAUCAUAAAGUUUGAUUGGAAUUGUUAUUCAUUGGCAUAACUUUUUUUAUUGAUUCCUUUGUGUCUGAAGGACUCUGUUUGACUCUUAAUGAUUAUGCCAUCAUCCGUCUUCUUUUGGCAUUUUGUGUGCAGAAAGAAGCAUAUGGUGGUUCUCGUUUAAGCUUCAAAAUUAUUCUAGUCUUUUAUCUUGAGAUUACUGAUUAUACAGUAGGGGGUAUAAUUUGUUCAAGGAACUGCCAAAUACAUUCUGUCCUAAAAACAUGAAAAGUAAAAAUACAAUAUACUAUUUAAAAUAUCAUGUACAAUUUUAAAUUGUGUGAUCUAUACAUAUUUAGUAAGUGCAAAAAUCAGUCUAUCGAAGGAUUAAGUGAGCUUAUUUAGUCAUAUGUAAACAUAAAUUUUUUAAUCUAUUACAGUGUACAUAUAUGAAAAUAAUGAAAACAGAUCCUAAUAUUUUUAAAAUAUGCUUUGAUUUAUAUUUUGCAAAAUAUAAAAUUCUACUAACUAAAGCAAGUUGGCAAAACCCCUUAAAUAUAUAUACAUUUAAGCCCCCAAAAUAAUUUUAUACCGACGCCAACAAAAUAACUUUUCCAAUUUUGAAGACUGCAUUUCCUAUAGUUUUCUUGUUUUUCAUCAUCCAAUCGGAAGAGCUCAUAUUCCCAGAAUGCAAGAUUUCCGCAUAGUUUAGAAUACUUCCAUUGACUAAGGGUUUGGGCAUGUCAGCCUUUUUUGUUUGUUUUGAGAAAAUUAAACACUAAAACCUUAAUAUAGUGAAGCUACUUAUCAGACCACUGAACCAAAAUCCUGGUAUUAAAAGAACGCCUGGGUGCUUAAGAUUAAAGGUCAGAUUAUUGGUAUCCCAAUUAUUUGGGAGCUUUAAGAUUGGAACAAGAUAUUACUGUUUGGUUUCCACUGAGAUCCUACUUCAAUGGUGAAACCUAUUAAUAGAACAAAGCCUUUCUUUAAAGCUUUAUAUUCAUAUUUAUUAACGCUGUUAUAAUCAUAUUUAUUAAUAGUGCUGUUAUUAAUAAUAUUUAUUAAUAAUGCAUACUUAUUGUAUGCAUGUAUUCAGCAUGUCUUGCAUGUCUUCAGAAUUACAUAAGUGAAAUUUCUUUGAUUUUAAUUUGCAAAUGAGAAAAGAUCCUUAUUUUCAGUGAUGGAAAAAGAUUUUUUCUCAGCAUUGCCCUGCCCUGGCCCCUUCCUAUGCCCCAGGAUGUAAAAGUGAAGCUGUUGAACUCAUCUGUAGGGAAUGUCAACAAGUGCAAUGAUUUUCAAAUAGACCCAUGCCCGUUUCAAGUAUAUUUUUGAAGUAAGUAAUUCUAGUACUACAUAGAAAAAUUCAUGGGAGAGUCUACUAUAUACUUGUGGAAAGAAGUGUUUCUAGGUAAUAUGAGAAAUGCUGGCCAUCAACCAGGGAAAGAAAGGUCACGCAAGAUUGCAAAUUUUCAUAACAGAGCCCUACAAGGUAACUGCAGUCAGACCAAAAACUAUUUGAGUGUGUUUUUCAAGUAAUAUUUGUUAGAAAGAGUAUAUAUUUCAGAAGCAGAGAUGUCAAGUGGCACUCUGUACAUGCCUGUGCAACUUCUCUGUGCACAUUUAUGUUUUACAUGAGAGAGAACAGUGGUCAUGUUAAAAAUAUAUGCUCAUAUGAUCCGUUUUGAAUGACUUGGUCAAGCUGUGUGUAAAAUAUUUAACUCCUAAGUCAAGUACAGUAUACUCUGUUAAAGUUAUUCCAUUAGUGCACUUACUGCAUCUAUGAAGAUAUACACGAAGAGGCUUUAGGUCUUUCGAUAUUUGACUUUCAAAUGUGAUUUUAAGUCACUGGUGCCAAUAGGCAAGGACGUUUCAAAAUUAACCAUUGUUGUUUCAGUUCUGUGAUUUUUUUCAGAUAACACAUAAGCUCUUUAGACUCCAUCACUGCUAACUUCUAGUUCAUUUACCAAAAAAAACUGAUUGUAUGAUCUCAAUAUAGCACUUAGAUGGGAAUUGCCUUUAGGUAGUAUCUCCUAAAUAGUUGCUGGAAACAAUUGUGCCACUUGACCGAGGGAUGCACUUGGUUAGCCUUUUAAAAAACCAACCCACAAACAUUUAAAUUUCUGGAAUAUUUUUCUUUGUUCAUUUAAAGUUUGUCUUGCUGGUAUUGGGGUGGGUGUGGAAUCACAGUUAGUGCUACCAGAGAGUGAAUCAUUUUUAAAAAAAAAAUUAAGAAUAUAAUUUCUACAUUCUAAAAUUUUAGUUUUGUGCAAUAUUUUCAUUUAAUGCAUGUAUAUUUGAGUAAUUGUAAAAUAAAUGAAUUUUUAAUGUUUUGAAAUCAAGUUUAAACUGUCUUCUUAACAACUUACAUUCCGUGGUUGCUGCAUCAUUUUAUUUAAGGACUUGUUUUAAAAAUCUUUACUGUCACUCCUUGUGGAAUUUUUUUAUGAGUCAAUUUUGCUGAUAGGAGUGUGGUUCCUAUAUUCAAGGACAAAAUAUAAAGAGCACAUCUUAGAAUCUGAACUGUAAAAAGAUAACUUGUGCAUAUCAUUGUAUCGUGUCAACUGUGUGCCUGAUUAUUCGAUCAAUACUUCCCUUCAACCAAGAAGAAACAACAAUCAGGAUGUUAUUUUUAUUGAACUAAAAAUACUCACUUUAUUUGGUUUUCAUUAUGUUUUGUCUAUUAGAAAAUACUAAUAAAGUAUUAACAAAC